AGAAGCCAAUGGCCAGCAAUGGCAUGGCGUCCUCCCCCUCCGCCUUCUUCCCUCAGAAUUUCCUUCUCCACAUGCAGCAAACACCGCCACACCAUGACCCCCAAGAGCACCACCAGCACCACCACCACCAUGAGCACCAGCUCCCUCCGCUCGGUCCUCCUCACCACAACCCCUUCCUCCCGUCCCCCCAAUGCCCCUCCCUGCAAGACUUCCGUGGAAUGGCGCCAAUGCUGGGGAAGCGGCCGGGGAUGUUCGACGGAGGCUGCGGCGACGAGGUGACGGGCGGCGGCGGAGGCGGGGGCGCGAACGAGGACGAGAUGUCGGACGACGGGUCGCAGCUGGGCGGGGAGAAGAAGCGGCGGCUGAACGUGGAGCAGGUGCGGACCCUGGAGAAGAACUUCGAGCUGGCGAACAAGCUUGAGCCGGAGCGCAAGAUCCAGCUUGCCCGCGCGCUGGGGCUGCAGCCCCGGCAGGUGGCGAUCUGGUUCCAGAACCGGCGCGCGAGGUGGAAGACAAAGCAGCUGGAGAAGGACUACGACGUGCUGAAGCGCCAGUUCGACGCCGUCAAGGCCGAGAACGACGCGCUGCUCUCCCACAACAAGAAGCUCCAGGCUGAGAUAAUGGGACUGAAGGGCUGCAGGGAGGCGGUGUCAGCCGAGCUGAUCAACCUGAACAAGGAGACGGAGGCGUCCUGCAGCAACCGCAGCGAGAACAGCUCCGAGAUCAACCUCGACAUCUCGCGCACGCCGCCGUCCGACGGCGGCCCCAUGGACGCGCCGCCGUCGCACCAGCAGCAGGCCGGCAAUGGUGGCGGUGGCAUGAUCCCCUUCUACCCCUCCGUCUCACGCGCUGGGGUCGACAUCGACCAGCUCCUGCACGCCUCCUCCGUCCCCAAGAUGGAGCACCACCCCGACACGGCCAGCUUCGGCAACCUGCUCUGCGGCGUCGACGAGCCGCCGCCCUUCUGGCCGUGGGCGGAUCACCAGCACUUCAACUGAUCGUUCCAUCGAUCGGCAUGCACGACAUAUAUGAUCUUGUUGCAGUUAAUGAUCCAUGUAUGGCUGCUGCUUGCAUGAUCAACAACGAGCAUGCGCAAAGAUUGGAGGCACUUGGAUUUCUUGAUGAGGACGACGGAGACGGGUGUACAUGUGUGAUGAGCUGGUGAUGCGAUUUGAGUCAUGGAUCGCGUUGAUGAUGAAUAGUGGCCGGUGGGGGUGUAGCGGAAUAAGUCCGUGGUGUGUGUGUGUGUGGAGCGUGUGCGUAGGUAGAUUUUGGAGUUGUGUAGUGGUAUCUUUGGUAUUUUUGUUUUCCUCUUUUUUUUUGUCCCUUUUGUUACCAUACAUAAAUUUGUGAAUU